AGCAGGCUCGAUUUGUACACGGAAGCAGGAUCAGACUUGUCAAACGCGUCAAAACCUCCAACCUGUCUUCCCGCAUUUGUCAACGCGGAUUCCGGCUUGAGUCCGAAGCAGAGACCGAUUGAAACAGUGUCGCUUUGUGUUUCUGGUCGGACACAAUGAGGACGGCGGUGCUGCUGCUGCUGGCGGCGGUUCUGUGCGGCCGUAUGGUCCGAGGGGCUCCAGCAACAAAACCUCAGGCAGUCCCUGAUGAGCAAGCCAAACCAAAUCAACCAAAUCAACCAAAUGGCGAUGACAAUGCAGGAUCCAAAACAGGAGAGCAUAAUAUCCCUAAAAAAGCAGCAAGUGAACCAACAGUGAAAACGAAUGAUGAAAAGUCAGGAGACAAAGGACCAGAUCAGUCCACGAACAAGAACCACAAGCAUGUAAUGGACGGUGUGGACAGUGCACCACAAGCAGUUCAAAAUGUUAACGUUGGGAAACAGGAGCAGCACACUGACAAUGGGGGAACCAGUGAACAGAAGCCUUCAAACUCACCGGAAGCCAGCAAAGAAGUGCCGGACAAAGGACCUGAGGAGAAACCUGCAGUGUCAGGAGGGAACAAAGACAGGCAAAAUGACUCCGAGAAAGACCCCACUGGAGGAAAGCCAGGAGGAGACCCCAACGGAGGAAAGCCAGGAGGAGACCCCAACGGAGGAAAGCCAGGAGGAGACCCCAACGGAGGAAAGCCAGGAGGAGACCCCAACGGAGGAAAGCCAGGAGGAGACCCCAACGGAGGAAAGCCAGGAGGAGACCCCAACGGAGGAAAGCCAGGAGGAGACCCCAACGGAGGAAAGCCAGGAGGAGACCCCAACGGAGGAAAGCCAGGAGAUGACCCCAACGGAGGAAAGCCAGGAGGAGACCCCAACGGAGGAAAGCCAGGAGGAGACCCCAUUGGAGGAAAAGGAGAAGGAGAGGACGACAAAAACAAGGAGCCAGGAAAGGACACCACUGACGGAGAGGGAGAAGGAGAGGACGUCAAAAACAAGGAGCCAGGAAAGGACACCACUGACGGAGAGGGAGAAGGAGAGGACGUCAAAAACAAGGAGCCAGGAAAGGACACCACUGACGGAGAGGGAGAAGGAGAGGACGUCAAAAACAAGGAGCCAGGAAAGGACACCACUGACGGAGAGGGAGAAGGAGAGGACGACAAAAACAAGGAGCCAGGAAAGGACACCACUGACGGAGAGGGAGAAGGAGAGGACGACAAAAACAAGGAGCCAGGAAAGGACACCACUGACGGAGAGGGAGAAGGAGAGAAGGACAAAAACAAGGAGCCAGGAAAGGACACCACUGACGGAGAGGGAGAAGGAGAGAAGGACAAAAACAAGGAGCCAGGACAUGGAGCAACAGGAGAGAGAAAUCCGUAUGACUCAGCCGGUAUAAAAGAUGAGGCGGAGAGCAGUCAUUUCUUUGCCUACCUUGUCUCUACAGCUGUGCUGGUGGCAGUGCUCUACAUCACUUACCACAACAAGCGCAAGAUAAUUGCCUUUCUUUUGGAAGGAAAGAAAUCCAGAUCCUCGCGCCGACCUAAAUCCACAGAAUACCAAAAGCUGGAACAACAUAUGUGAUCUGAAGUAAAACACUGGGGGUUGUGUGAGAAGUGGGCGAGUGGAUAACCGGCGUUAGAUAUUUUCCUGGUGUCCUCUGCAUUGAUUUCCCCUUGUGACAUUUUUCUAUCAUGUACCUUUUUAGAUGCUUAUUGUAUGACUAUGCAGAUGACACUGUUGCCUUAUUGAGGGGGAUUAGUGAAAUGCAGUGAAGGUAAAAUAAGCAUGCUGUUUUUUGCACUUGUGUCGUUAUUCAACUUUUAAAGCAAUCUUGUAAUUCGACCUGUCCAAGGUUCAGACUCAGGAUAUUUCAGUAGCAGAUAUAAAUAUUAGCUGUUUGGGUUCCAGUCUUGUUUGUACAGUACAUUAGUGAUUGCACUGUGCACCUAAAAUAAGCCAUCUGAAUCUUUGUAAAAUACUGGCUGUGUACCAUUUCUUUCAGGUAAAUGUAUGUUAGAUAAUAUAUAUCACAAGUCCAUUCAGAUGUACUAAAGUGUUCAAGAUUCAAGAAAACUUUAUUGUCAUUGUACCACUGUGCAAGACAUCAAAAACCUGCGAAAUGAAUGGGAUUUGCGUUCAUGACCAUAUAGUGUUGGCCAGAUGAAUGUAAUGGCAACCUAUACUUUUCCAAUGAGAUGUUAGCACAUCGUCUUAAAGGCUGAGCAGAUGAAGAAAUAUGAUCAGUUUCUUGCUCAGAGUCAGAUGAGAAGAUCAAUAUCACCCUCAUAUCUCUCUGGUUAAUAUAACAUUGAAGCUACAGAUAGCUGCUGGUUAGCGUAGCCAGGCAUAAUGACUGGAAAUGAGGAAACGGCUAGCUCGGCUCUCUCCAAAAGUAACAAAAUCUGUCCGGCGCCUUUAAAGCUCAUUUAAAAAGCAUAAAAAUUACAUGUUGCAGGUUGUGUUGGACUGUACUUUGAUUGGGAGCAUUGAAGAUGAAAAGUAGCCUCCUAUUUGGUGUAGAGACAUAAGAGUGGUAUCAAUCUUCUCAUCUAACUCUUGGCAAGAAGAGGACCGAGUAUAUUCCCCAAAAUGUUGAACUGGUUUGAAAUACAACUGAACAACGGCUGUCAGGGUGUUGGGAGCUCAUGUAAAUGCCUCUUUAUGUAUCCAGGCAAUCCAUCUUACCAAACUGUCAGCCUGGUUACUGUCUGUCUGUCUGUCCCACACCUCUGUGGCUGAUUACACUAUUCCACUUUCAGUUGAACGUUUCUAACUUGUGGCUCUGUAUUGAAACUGGUCUGGAAGGAAACGGUUAUGUAAGAGGACAUUGGCCAACAGCUGCAUUUGUUUUAACUGUUGGGACUGCACUAUGGGAAAAAAUGUUUUGCGGGGGAUAGGUUGACCACUAAUCUUACCGUAGACUAGACGUGUGUGUGUGUGUGUGUUUCUGUUCAGAGAUGACAGACUUUGUGCCAAAUUGUGAACGAUAUUACUGUGAUUCAAUGUGUGAUUUUUAUUUUUAUUUUUUCUGAGUUAACACUUCAUUUCUACUGGGUGGUGGUCAUAAUAUAUGGGAAGUAAAAAGGAAAAGAAAUGUAACCCAAUUGUUUCUUGGUAAAAUCAAAGUCCAAAUUAUGUUCAAAUAUUUAUUUUUAUUGUGAAAUCUGCAAAGAUAAGUCAGCUUUUUAUAGGCAAACUAGUUUACAACACAUUGUUCUUUUCACGAGUGACAUAAGCAAAAGAAUUAGUUAAAAAAUGUAAGGAGUGACAUCAGCAUGGAAUUAGUAUGUUUUUAUAGCUAAAUAACUAUCAGAUAUUUAUUUCAUGUUAUAAGCAUCCUGCUGUCCUUAAAAUGUGUGAUCGCACAAAUGUGUGUGUGUACUAAACCAAUUGAGUUCAGAUUCUAAAAUAAAAGCUUUUUCUACUUUCUAGCCUCAAA